UCUCUCUCUCUCUCUCUCUCUCUCUCUCUCUCUCUCUCCACAGUGAGAGGAGCCCGACACAGCAGCUGUAGCUCCUCGUGCCUGCUUCACCCUCUUCAGUCUGGCAGGCGUCAAGGUGCAGCAGCAGGCGGGAGAGGGACGGAGGAAGAGCCGCUGUUUGAGGAACUAUCCGACGAAACGUCGCCGCGCAGAAUAACGUGACGGCUUUACUGAGUGACCGCAAAGAGGACACUAUGUCAAAGGAGACGCGAGGUAAAGGAUCAUCACGAAAGCACAGCGCCACUCAUUGGUGUCUGCAGAAUAUUGCACAAGAAUCAGUCGACAGCUCCGAUGAGGAGUUCUUUGAUGCCAGAGCAGAUGUUAUGGAGGGGAAGAGCGCCAUGCUCCUCGGCAUGAGUCAGUGGAACUCAAAUGACCUGGUGGAGCAGAUUGAAACUCUGGGACACAUGGAGGACCAGUCGCAUGAGGGUCUGUACCAGCUGGGUGGUCCUCGCUGUGCCCCUCAGAGCAGCAUUGAAGGACUGGAGGACAUUGAGAGGAAGUGUAAGACUCAUGUGCUGCUGCUGGUCGUGCACGGGGGAAACAUCUUGGACACAGCAGGCGGAGACCCCAGCACAAAGGCGGGCGAUGUGGCCACCCUGGCCUCAGUGCUGGAGAAGGUGACGCGGGUGCAUUUCAAGGCCGCCGCCGAACACGUGAAGAUCAAGCUGGUGCCAUGUCCGGCCGUGUGCGCCGAAGCCUUCUCCCUGGUGUCCAAUCUGAACCCAUACAGCUAUGAUGAGAGCUGUGUGUCCAGCAGCGUGGACCACCUUCCCCUGGCUGCGCUCCCACUCCUCGCCAUCGUCUCACCUCGCUACCAGGACGCCGUGGCCACCGUGAUCGCCCGAGCCAAUCUGGUCUACCGCAGCUUCCUGCAGUCAGAGGACGGCCAGGGAUUCACGGGCCAGGUAUGCCUGAUGGGUGACUGCGUGGGAGGCGUGCUGUGCUUCGACGCUUUGUGCUUCAGCAACCACCAGAGGCCUGGCAGCCCCAACAACAGCAGCAGGAACAACAGCACGGAGAGCCUGAAGGAUAACUCUGGUCUGCUCGGGGAGUCCAGCCUGGGUCUCAGUUCUAGCAAGAGGCUCAGCAAGAGCAACAUUGAUAUCUCUGCCCCCAAUGACGGCAACGGCCAGAGCGGGCCGCCGCUUAGCCGCAAGCAGAGCGACUCGUAUGAUGGAGACACCUCAUCCACAGGCCAGCACAGCUUCUUUUCCAGUUUGAUGAAGGAGAGUGUGGAGGUGCGCGGGGGCAGUAGUACCAGUUUGGUGUUGAAUCCGGGUCGAUUUGACUUUGAAGUGUCAGACUGUUUCCUGCUGGGCUGCCCUUUGGGCCUUGUGCUGGCCAUGAGACGCACUGUGCUGCCGGCCGUCCAGGUGAGCCAGCUGCAUCCAGCCUGCACUCAGAUUUUCAACCUGUUUUACCCUUCGGACCCUUCAGCCUCCAGACUGGAGCCACUGCUGCAGCCUCUCUUCCACAAGUUGCCCCCCUUCGCUGUGCCACGCUACCAGCGAUACCCUCUGGGAGAUGGACGCACAAUGCUCAUAGCGGAGAGUAUCCAAGGCCACUCAAAUGUGUUUCUAGAAGGUGAGCAAACUCCUGGAGGUCCAGUUUCACGGACGUCCUCUGAGACAAAGACUGAGGGAGGAGAAGAGGGAGGUCGUAGAGCCAGCGUUACCAGUGUGGAAAGUGAAACGUCGAUUUGCUCCAUGAGCCAGCUGGGAAACACCAUCGCUAACAUUUCCAGUAGCUGGUGGGGCUCCAAGAGGCUCGAUUAUUCUUUGUACUGCCCUGAUGUGCUGACUGCCUUCCCCACAGUGGCUCUGCCUCACCUUUUUCAUGCCUCCUACUGGGAGUCCACUGAUGUAGCAGCUUUUGUUCUCCGACAGCUCAUGCGAUGUGACUGUGUGAAGACCCAGGAAGCGGACAAUUUGGGCUCAGCUCCUUUCUCUCCCUCCAGCCCGCGAGAAAAGUGGCUCAGAAGGAGGACGCAUGUCAAACUAAGGAACGUCACUGCCAACCACAGGGUGAAUGACAUCAUUGCCACAGAAGACGGGCCUCAAACUCUGGUUGGCCGCUUCAUGUACGGCCCCUUGGACAUGGUCACUCUGACAGGAGAGAAGGUGGACAUCCUGCUAAUGACACAACCUCAGUCUGGCCGCUGGGUGCACUUUGACACAGAGGUGACCAACAGCAGCGGCAGGGUCACUUAUACAAUACCCAAGAGCAAGAAGCUCGGCCUGGGAGUCUAUCCAAUCAAAAUGGUUGUCAAGGGCGAUCAAACAAGUGCAGAAGCCUACCUGACUGUGUUGCCACGGGGCAUGGAGUGUGUAGUCUUCAGUAUCGAUGGAUCUUUUGCAGCUAGUGUGUCAAUCAUGGGCAGUGACCCCAAGGUCCGCCCCGGAGCGGUCGAUGUCGUCAGGCAUUGGCAGGACCUGGGAUAUCUGAUCAUCUACAUCACAGGCCGCCCUGACAUGCAGAAGCAGCGUGUCGUAUCCUGGCUCUCGCAGCACAAUUUUCCCCACGGGAUGAUCUUCUUCUCCGAAGGUUUGGUUCACGAUCCACUGCGACAAAAGACCAUCUUCCUCAGGAACCUCAUACAGGAGUGUCACAUUAAGAUCAACUCUGCUUAUGGCUCCAUGAAGGACAUCUCUGUUUACAACAUGCUCGGCCUCUGCCCCUCACAGAUUUAUAUUGUUGGAAGACCGUCAAAGAAAUAUCAAAAUCAGUGCCAGUUCCUGAGCGAGGGCUAUGCGGCACACCUCUCCACACUUCAGUUCGGCCACAGAGCCAGACCUAAGAAAUCCCCUUCAGUUCGUAUGGUCCUGAGGAAGGGCUCCUUCGGUCUCUCAGCGAAGCCUGACUUCCUGUGUAAGCGCACCCACCUGCGCAGGACCAUGUCAGUGCAGCAGCCCGACCCACCGUGCACACCCAACCCCAAGCCUGAGCGAGCCCAGAGCCAGCCGGAGUCAGAUAAGGACCACGGAGGAGGAGUAGGAGGUGGUGGAGGAGUUGGUGGUGGACAAGGCCCAUGGGGACGGCCCUCCAUACAUCGUGGAGACACCACUCCCUGACGUCAGAAAAGAGAUGGAGGGAUUGCAGGAGGAUAAAAGAGAAGAACAAAGGGGGUCUGAGUGUCCGGGACCAAGUGUCACCUCUACCUACUGUACAUGUACGUUGGAUCCCCUGCUGGUGUUUCUUGCAGCUCAGCUUUACCUCCUGCUUGGCUCUCUACGCUUUACCACCUGUUCUGCCCUUUUUCCUGACCUGCUCGGUGGACUGUGUCACUUAGUCUUUGUGCCUGAGAUGUUAAGCAGUUGCCGGAGGGGGGAUGGCAAUGAUUUUUGCGAAUGUCUGUGUCGAGCUAAAAUUGUGUCUAAUUGUAAAAUGAAAAGAAUGUAAUUCAGAUUGUAGAUAAACACACAUAUUCAUGUACACAGGCCCUUCAGAGGAUGAAACAAAUGACGGCAGCGGUGACUUUGAACCUGUUGAGACUUUGCAGAGGAUUAACAGACGCGUUCAGACUGCUGCGCUAACAGGUGGUGAUGUUGACGGACUCCUGCGCUAACCCUCCAUGUAAAUACUCAUCAUCUGUGAGGGCCUCUGGACACAGAAGCACUGUGACAUUUAGGUUCAAUCUGUACACGAGCUCUGCAAUCUGGAGCCCCAAUGAGCCGACCUCGCCGAACGCCGGCCUCCGCCUCCAUUUCACUCCCACUGUUAGAUGUCCCCCUUGCAUUGUGGAUAGCUUACUACCUGCUCCUUUGGAAAAACUGUGUCAGACCGGGUCCACAGCCGCUGAAUGAAAAGCCGUGGCUUGCACGGCUCGGCCCGCCAGAGGUCGCAUUUGCACUAUUAAAGUUCCCCGCGGUGGUUCUGGAUUUAGCUGCGGUACUCACUUCAGAAACAAAGAGUUGUACUUGUAUUUUAAUGUAUUUGUGCACUGUAGCUGCCUGUUGGUUACUGUAACUACUGGAAGUUAAAACACAAGUAGUUUGUAGGAAAGUGUUGGUUUGACCAAAAAAUGUUUACAGAUUGAUAGACACAGGUGUAAAAAGAGAUCACAACUUGUUUAUCUACGCGUUUAAAUCACAGUGUAAUUAUCAUCAUUAGCAACAUUAGUUUAGUUGCUUGGUAGCUUGCAGGAUAUUGUAAAAUACACCCCAUGCCAGGAUGCCCUCGCAUCCAUUUACUACAGCUGCACUGGAACCAAUAGAUUUGUGCUGAAAUCUGAUGCUGUCUUGUGCACUUGGGGUUGAAUUGAGUCUUACUGUGGCCAUGUUUAAAACUCUGUGCAAGUGAAACAUAUUUUUCUAUGAGGAAAUAUUGUAAAUAGAAAUAUUUUCAAUGUAUGUUUUUGAAAGUUUUGUUGUUUGACUUGUUGAAUGGUUGAUUUUUGCCUUAAAAUUGUAUUUGAUGUUGUGUAGAGAUACAAAAUGAUUUUAAUUUGUUUGACCAAAGUAUUGAGUUUUUAAUGUUACUUCACGACAAAGUGCAUUUUAUUUCAGUGAUAUUUUGCUUUGACAUGUUUUAGAUGUUGUGUAUGUGUGUGCGUGUGCGAGUGAGUGUCUAAGUAUUUGUUGUAGAGUUGUAUUUACUAUGAACAUGGAGACAGCUGUGACGGGGACAUGGCUCUGCUGAGUGGUCAGAGGCCACAUACCUGCAGCUCACUACUGCUGGCUUUUCAGGACUGAGCGUGUAUUUUAUAGGUUUGGAUUGAAGCAGUGUGUCAAAGGAUUACUUAGUUGAGGUUUUUAUACCUUCUAUGAAAGAAAAAAGGCUUACGUUCUAAGGGGUCUUGGUUAAACUGAAAACCUGCGUAGUGGAGUGGAACGUGCCAGCCAAGAGGGAGCUGUCUUGUCUUUUUCUUUCACAGCCUGUACACCAUAGGUGGUCCACUAAUUAGCUACUUGAUUACUACUAAGUAUGUAUGGCUCCCCGUAGUGCCGCCCCUGUAAUUGCAGUGCACCAAUUAGAAUUACUUGUUAAUUGUAUAAUAUUGUAGAAACAAUACUUUACUCCAUUUUCUUUUGCAUUAAGAUUAAUACUGAAACAGCAAACAACGAAAUCAUCAUUCCCAUCAAUGUAAACACAAUAAUCAAGUGAUAUUUUUCUGCCAUGACGACACUGGAGGGGUGAAAUAUUUAUGCAGCAUUUUAGUACAACAAUGUUAGUAAAUGGCAAAUAAUGAUCUGAUGGUUAAAUGGUGAUUGUUCCGUGCAUGUUAAUUAUUUGAUAUUGUUAAGUAACGGCUAUCAGUUGUCAUGUUUG